CCCACUGCCCCCACUACCACCUCCUCCACUACUGCCAUCAACGUUACUAUCCAAGUUGGAGGAACAGAGGCGGGGGAAAGGCAGCAAAGAGAGGGGAAAGGGAGGUAACAAUUCCAAAUAAGUAUGGAAACUAAUAAUGCUUUCAGAGUGUUUUGGAAAACAAGGGAAUGGGAUGGAAGAAAAUCAACAUUUAAUUCAGACCAAGAAAUUCCACUUUCAUGGAGAAGAAGGUAUUUUAAGAGGAAGAAAAAGAGCAGACCAUCAAGAGACUCUGAAGACUAUGAGCAGCAACAGAUUGAUGAUCACAUAACAUUUCCCUGUUCCGUAUGCCAGCAUGAAACUGACCUACGUGAAAUUUUCCUCCAUAAAAAGCAACAUGUGGCUUGGGCCACCCUGGGGUUUCAGCGGAUGGGUGGAAAGAAACAAAAACUCUCGGCAAUUGCCGUUCAGAGACAGUCCAUAAUUGCUAAACUAUUGUCAUCUUCUGUAUUCACUGAAAACACCCUACAGAGCAUUAAUAAUGCUUUUCAGAUACUUUGGAAGAAGCCAAUACCAGCACAUUAUAAGAUUGUUGAUAGCGUUCAUAGGAGUUCCGUACAUUCUCAAACGAUCCAUCAUCUAUUGAUUAGAGGUGCAGCUAUAUGUGAAGAUAGAAAUUCUACAUGGAGAGCUGGCAUGAAUAAUAAAUUCGCUGUUGUGAAUAAUUUUGGCAACAAACCCAAUAUGUGUUUUUUUGGUUUAUUUGAUGGACAUCAUGGUGUCUCAGCAGCAGAACUGACAUCAGUGGAACUCCCAAUUUUACUUCUCCAUCAACUUUCCAGAUUUGAUCCUUCCUACCAAAUGACCCCUGAAGAGCAAAACAUAAUCAAAUCCUUUCACACAGUAUUUAAAGAAGAAUACAUAGCUAUAGAAGACCUUUUCUCCUCCAUAAAGAAAAGGACAAAACCAUUGAAAUGUGAGUAUGAGAACAUACACAAAGCCUUUGCAAAAGCAUUUUGGAGAAUGGAUAGGCUUUUACGUCUUGGAAGAAAAGAAGUAUCCAGCGUUCGAUGGAGUGGCUGUUCUGCCGUUACUUGUAUAUUGGAAAGUAACAUUAAAAAACCUUUCGCAAAGAAGAGAAUCAGUAAACAUACGGGUAUGGCAGAGAGUUUUCCUUCCCAGAUGAUGCCACAAAUAAUUUCCGGAGUACUGCAUGUUGCAAACACUGGUAAUGUACAAGCAGUCUUAUGCAGAAAUGGAAAAGGCUUUUGCAUAACCAAAGAACAUACUACGCGAAACAUAAACGAAAGAAGAAGAUUACUUCAGAAUGGAGCAAUGAUUAGUUCAAAUGAACCAUAUGGGCUCCUAGAAGGGCAAGUGAAAACCACACGAGGACUUGGAUUUCAUGGAAAUCUCAAACUGAAAAAAUCCAUUAUUCCAGCACCUCAUACUAUCUCUGUCCCUAUUGAUGACUUCUGCCAAUUCCUUAUCUUAGCUACUAAUGGACUCUGGGAAGUUUUGGAUACAAAUGAAGUCACAGCACUGGUAAUGACAAUGUUUCAAGUAUAUAAGGAAAUCUGUUUUGUUAAACGAAACAAAUCCAAAGACCUUCCGUUUUCCCCAAUCAAUGAACCAAGCAAUACUAAAUCAGAAACUAACAGCCAUAUACUAUUUCAGUAUGAACCUGAAUCUACAAAAUGUGUGUCAACUACAAAUUCAAAAGAAAAUGUGUUUGAUUGUUCUAUUUCUAAAAAUGCACAGACAUUUCCACCAGAAAUGACUAAUCAUGAUUGUUGCAAUGAGAAAGAAACUAAAGGACCAACCACUGUCAAUGAUGUGCUAGAAAAUUCAAGUGAAAAAGAAAAAGCAGCAUGCACUAAAAAUUUCUAUGAAGGUGCAGCCAAGUAUAUCAGCCAUAAACUUGUAAGUGCUGCUUUAGUGGCUGGCUCCAGAGACAACAUUACAGUCAUGGUAAUACUUCUCAAUGGAAUGGAGUAUCAGUUUUUUGACAUAAAAGAUAAAGUUCCGAUUACCCAGAUUGUAAAAACGUAAAGACAAUUCUUCAGAGACCAGAUAUUAGCAUUAUACAUCAAUACCACACAAAUCAUUUUUAAGAAUGCAUUAAAGAAACUGUAAAAGCAUAUUUUAGGUUAUAUAAUACGAUUUAUAUAUGUUCACUGUUCAGAACACACCAAAAAAGAGAAAAAACAGCACUUGCUUUUAUACCACUUUAUUCCAACCUGAGCACCUCAAUAUAAAACUAAACACUGGUGAACUGUUUUCCUUACCAAUUAUGAAUUACUGUAAAUGUACAAGUUCUGCUAGCAGUUCAACACUUAAAUAGAUUAAAUCAUCUCUGACACAUGGUAGAUUUCAUAUAAUGAAAAUACCUAAAACAAUUAGUGCAAUAUACUGAAACUGAUCAAAAUAAAAUGAACUUUGGAAAACAAGGCUGCAAGAUUGUUACUAACAAACGGCAAUACUUAUGUUACAAAUUACUGGUACAUUGUUUAUUAUGGUUCUAGCCAUGUAGGAACAACUGACACCCUUCCUUUCAAAGGGAGAGAAAAGGUAAAAUUAGCUGUUUUAGUAACUGUACAUUUUGUAUACUUUUAAGCAACUCUUAAAUAUUACAGAAAAGUAAUAAACAUAUAUGGAGACUACAGUGCAGUACCCUAUUUACAGUACAGCUGAAGAUCGAAUUUAAAAUAAUCAAGUUUGAAUGUACAUAAUUGUUAGUGCAUUGACUACAUUACGUCAAAGGGAACGAAAGCCCCGUCCCUGCCCCCAAACAACAAAACCUAUGUAAUAAUGGCCAGCAGUGAUUAAACAGAAAUCACAGACA